UCGACUCUUACAAAGUAAACAUGUCUGGACGUGGCAAAACCGGCGGCAAAGCAAGAGCUAAGGCUAAGACACGCUCUUCCCGUGCCGGGCUCCAGUUCCCAGUGGGUCGUGUCCACCGUCUGCUUCGUAAAGGUAACUAUGCUGAGCGUGUAGGUGCCGGCGCCCCAGUGUACUUGGCCGCCGUGCUGGAGUACCUCACUGCUGAGAUCCUGGAGUUGGCUGGAAACGCUGCCCGCGACAACAAGAAGACCAGGAUCAUCCCACGUCAUCUGCAGUUGGCCGUCCGCAAUGACGAGGAGCUCAACAAACUCCUUGGUGGAGUGACCAUUGCUCAGGGUGGUGUCCUGCCCAACAUCCAGGCUGUUCUUCUACCCAAGAAGACUGAGAAACCUGCCAAGAAUUCUGCAAAGACAAGGAUCUCGAUAAACAUGUCUGGACGUGGCAAAACCGGCGGUAAGGCCAGAGCCAAGGCUAAGACUCGCUCUUCCCGUGCUGGGCUCCAGUUCCCAGUGGGUCGUGUCCACCGUCUGCUUCGUAAAGGUAACUAUGCUGAGCGUGUAGGUGCCGGCGCCCCAGUGUACCUGGCCGCCGUGCUGGAGUACCUCACUGCUGAGAUCCUGGAGUUGGCUGGAAACGCUGCCCGCGACAACAAGAAGACCAGGAUCAUCCCACGUCAUCUGCAGUUGGCCGUCCGCAAUGACGAGGAGCUCAACAAACUCCUUGGUGGAGUGACAAUUGCUCAGGGUGGUGUCUUGCCUAACAUUCAAGCUGUUCUUCUACCCAAGAAGACUGAGAAACCUGCCAAGAAGUAAACCAGUUUUCCUGAAGGCAGACUCCACAAAGGCUCUUUUAAGAGCCACACACUUCUCUCAAAAAGAGCAUAAUUUCGUUUACAAAUGAAAAGUAUUGGCAAAUUUAGAUGUGUGAUUAUAUGGAAGCGAAGCAAGACAACUAUGAAGUAAUGGUUAUGAAAACUGAAAAUUGUAGCACUUCCAAGGGGUGGUUGUGAAUAUUUAAUUUGAAUAAAAUGUUUUUUUAUGAAAGUUUAUGGAAAUCUAUUUUGUAAACAAACCUAAUUGAACAAUUUAACUAUUCCUGAUGGGAAGUUUGGGUCUUGCUCAACUCCCCUAAAACGGGUAGAUGGAUAAAUUGUC